AGUGUGUGUGUGAGGAGGGGACAGCGGCUCAGGGACCCUUAGUGUGUGUGAGGAGGGGACGGCGAGUGUCUGUGAGGGGAGGGCGGAGCGGUCCCCCCUCUCCUCCCCGGGCCCCUCUGCCUGCUGCCGCCGUGCCCGGCUCAGCUCGGGCCGGUUGGCAGGGACGCGGCCCAGGGCGUCUUAGGGCUCUGCCCGCUUCUCCGGGCAGUAUCCCACCGAGCCAGGCCCAAAGUCAGGCUUGUUCUUAGGGCUCUGUGAGCACAGGGAGUGCUGAGCGUGAGGAAGGCUCCUGGCCCAGGCCUCGUGCUGGAGUAGGGUGGUGCUGGGGAGAAGGUCGGGGAUCUCCACUCUGUUGUCUGUUUUCCAGGGAAGUUACUUGAUGCCUCCCCACCUGCAGGCCAGUCAGGUGUGUUGCAGCAGAACCCAUGUUGAGCAGGAGCUGCCGUUCUGAAAGAGGCCAACAGCAGCUGGAGAAAUAGCUGGCACCCAGAAAGGCAUCAGAGGAAGUCUGCUGAUGCGACAGAGCUGUUGAAUAUCCAGGUGUGACAGAAGCAGCCUUUCUGCGAGGCCCAGUUCUGGCAGGAAGCAGACGUGGCUCACCAAGUUAUGAUGAUAACUGUGGUCUGCUGAUGUGACAGAGCUGUUGAAUAUCCAGGUGUGACAGAAGCAGCCUUUCCCUUUCUUCAGUCAGCCUUUCCCUGGUUGUCCAGUAUGAUUUGGAGUGCUGGCCUUCUCAUCAAACUGGAUUAACAUUCAGUGGAACCCAGAAGAGAAAGGAAAAAGGUUAAAGGCUGGACAGUGCAGCAUGUGGCCUCAGAAAUGGAGUCUGUAAGGAGCAAGGAGUUAGUUUAUUUUACGUGAUAUUUGGCCCAUUGCAUGAAGGGGGCAGUCUGCUUGUAGCCAAAGCCUGAGCUGUUCCGUAACCACAUCUGCUGAAAUAGUUUGAGUGUCGGCUGGCAAUGCCUGCACUUCGUCAAAGAACAUUUAAGGAAGUUCAGUUGCGGAAGUUCUAUGAACCCUGUGCUUCACAAGUACAGCUCUAAGGACCAGGUCCCUUCUGGAGAGACAACGUCUCAGCCGUCGCAGACUUUCCUCUAGGUGACCUUGUGCUGAGCUUCUCCUGCUUGCUUGGGGAGCUGCUGAUUUACAAUGCAGAUUCAUUGGUCCUCGCCUGCCUGCCCCUCCUAAAUUUGACUGUGAUAUAAGAGGCUGUCUGAUGCCAAGGGUGGCAAUGGCAGAGAGCCCUGCCAUGUGAGAGACAGAGAUAGAGGAGAGGGGGCCAAGGAGGAGCAAACUCUGCAGCUGCUGUUGCCUCUGGGAGCUGAGGAGCACAUCUGUGGGACAGAAUGUCAAUGCUUACCCCUGUCCUGCAGCCCCUGAAGGUAAAGGAGUAUCUCUCCACGGGCGAGCGCUUCAUCAAAUGGGAUGAUGAAACAGCAAGUGCUUCUCCUGUGAUUCUUCGGGUGGAUCCAAAGGGCUUUUACUUAUACUGGACCUAUCAGAAUAAGGAAAAGGAAAUUUUGGAUAUAACCAGCAUCAGGGAUACCCGAGUAGGGCGAUUUGCCAAAAUCCCCAAGUGCCAGAAGCUCCGGGAGGUUUUUAACUUGGAUUACCCUCACAGCACCUUCCUGCUUAAGACUCUGACUAUUGUGUCUGGCCCUGACAUGGUGGACCUGACUUUUCAUAACUUUGUGUCCUACAAGGAGAAUGUUGGCAAGAGCUGGGCUGAGGAUAUUCUGGCCAUCGUUCGGAAUCCCCUCACGUACAAUGCUUCUCGGUACACCUUCCUAGAGAAAAUCCUGGUGAAGCUCAAGAUGCAGCUUAAUGCAGAGGGAAAGAUCCCCGUCAGGAAUAUUUUUCAGAUGUUUCCUGCAGACAGGAAGAGGGUGGAAGCAGCAUUAAGUGCUUGUCAUCUUCCAAAGGGCAAGAAUGAUGCCAUCAACCCAGAGGACUUCCCCGAGACAGUGUAUAAAACUUUCCUCAUGAAUCUGUGUCCACGGCCUGAGAUUGAUGAGAUAUUUACCUCACACCAUUUAAAAGCAAAGCCCUACAUGACCAAGGAGCACUUGGCAAAGUUUAUCAACAAGAAGCAGCGGGACUCUCGCCUCAAUGACAUCCUUUUCCCGCCAGCCAAACCUGAGCAGGUGCAGAGCCUGAUAGAGAAGUAUGAGCCCAGCGGGAUCAACAUCCAAAGGGGGCAGUUGUCUCCGGAGGGGAUGGUCUGGUUUCUCUGUGGCCCUGAGAACAAUGUCAUAGCACUGGACAAAUUGAUGCUGUACCAGGACAUGACCCAGCCACUCUCACACUACUUCAUCAAUUCAUCACACAACACAUAUUUAACAGCUGGUCAGUUCUCCGGUAUCUCCUCUCCCGAAAUGUAUCGGCAGACGCUGCUGGCUGGCUGCCGCUGCGUGGAGCUGGACUGCUGGAAGGGCCGUCCCCCGGAUGAGGAGCCCAUCAUCACUCACGGGUUCACCAUGACAACUGAGAUCCUCUUCAAGGAUGCCAUUGAGGCCAUUGCAGAAAGUGCUUUUAAAACAUCUCUCUACCCUGUCAUCCUGUCCUUUGAGAACCACGUGGACUCGCCCAAGCAGCAGGCGAAGAUGGCUGAGUACUGCCGAACCAUUUUUGGAGAUAUGCUGCUGACAGAGCCGCUGGAAAAAUUUCCGCUGAAGCCAGGAGUUCCUCUGCCAAGUCCUAAGGAUCUCUUAGGGAAGAUCUUGAUUAAGAACAAAAAGAAGCAGUCUGUAUCUGGGAAGAGGCAGAACUCUUUGAAGAAAGGGAGGAAUGUGGAACCAGAAAUCGUCGAGCAGCCAAGCCCUCUGGAUGCUGAAGAUACUGUCUGGGCAGGUGAUGUGGCUGAAGAGGAACCAGAGGAAGAGGAUGAACUUCUGGGAAACCUGGAUGAAGAGGAGCUUAAAAAGAUGCAGUCAGAUGAGGGCACUGCUGGUUUGGAAGUGACAGCGUACGAGGAAAUGUCCAGCCUGGUUAAUUACAUACAGCCCAUCAAAUUUGACUCCUUCGAAGUCUCUGCCCAGAAGAACCGGAGUUACGUCAUCUCUUCCUUCACGGAGCUGAAGGCUUAUGAUCUACUAACCAAGUUCCCUGUGCAAUUUGUAGAAUACAACAAGCGACAGAUGAGCCGGAUUUACCCCAAAGGCACCCGGAUGGACUCCUCUAAUUACAUGCCCCAGAUGUUCUGGAACGUCGGCUGUCAGAUGGUGGCACUCAACUUCCAGACCAUGGACGUCCCCAUGCAGCAGAACAUGGCUCUCUUUGAGUUCAACGGCCAGUGUGGCUACCUGCUCAAGCAUGAAUUCAUGCGCCGUCCAGACAAGCAGUUUGACCCCUUCUCUGUGGACCGCAUUGACGUGGUGGUGGCGAGUACCCUGUCUGUCACGAUACUCUCUGGUCAGUUCCUCUCAGACCGCAGUGUGAAGACAUAUGUGGAAGUAGAGCUGUUUGGGUUGCCAAGGGACACAAAACGCAAAUACAGAACCAAACUGACCUCCACUGCCAAUUCCAUUAACCCUGUAUGGAAGGAGGAGGCUUUUGUUUUUGAAAAGAUCAUGAUGCCCGAGUUGGCGUCUCUCAAAAUUGCAGCUUGGGAGGAAGGAGGGAAGUUCAUUGGUCAUCGCGUCAUUCCUGUGAUCGCACUGCACUCAGGCUACCACCACGUUUGUCUCCGCAGUGAAAGCAACAUGCCGCUCACCAUGCCUUCCUUGUUCGUGUACCUGGAGAUAAAGGACUACGUUCCUGAUGCCUGGGCAGAUCUGACUAUUGCUCUCUCCAACCCCAUUAAGUUCUUCAGUCUGCAAGACAAGAGAUCAGUUAAGCUAAAAGACGGCUCGGUGGAGAGGCCUGGCACACAGAGGAACUUCCCACCUGCUGAGACGAAUGGGAUGCCAGACUCCACUGGAAAAUUCAGCACUCCUCUUUCAAAUGGGCCUGCAGGAGCAGCAGCUUUCACCAAGGAUGAAACUGUGACAGAAAUGACACAGAUUACAGAGCCUGAGACAGCCAGCCUCGCGGAACUGCAGCAGAUGAAGCUCUUCCUGAAGCUGCUGAAGAAGCAGGAGAAGGAACUGAGGGAGCUGGAGCGGAAAGGAAGUAAACGGAGGGAGGAGCUGCUGCAGAAAUACUCUGUACUCUUUUCGGAGCCCGUCUGCUAUGGAGGCAAGAAAAGGAUGAUGCCCACUAGGAAAACCCAGAAGAAGAGGAGCAUGACAACAGGUGACAUUGGUACAUGUGCAAAUCGUGUAGACAUGGCAGAAAGCAUCGAUAGCCGAGUUUGGGAACUGAGAGAGAGGCUGGAGAUGGACCUCAUCCACCUGGGGGAGGAGCACCAUGAUGGGAUUCGAAGGAAGAAAGAGCAGCACGCCACAGAGCAAGUUACCAAGAUAACAGAGCUGGCCAGAGAGAAGCAGACAGCUGAGCUGAAGGCGCUGAAGGAGUCGUCGGAAAGCAAUAUUAAAGACAUCAAGAAGAGGCUGGAGGCAAAGCGCGUGGAGCGGAUCCAAACCAUGCUGAGGAACACGAGUGACAAGGCCGCUCAGGAGAGGUUGAAGAAAGAGAUAAAUAACUCUCACAUUCAGGAGGUGGUGCAAACAAUCAAACGGGUGACAGAAAAGACAGCCAGGUACCAGCAGAAACUAGAAGAGAAGCAGGCAGAGAAUCUGAGAGCCAUCAAGGAGAAGGAAAGUCAGCUGCUGCAGGAGGCGCUGGCAGAGUACGAGGAGAAAGUGCAGAGUCUGAACGCAGAGGUGCAGGAGAUGGUGAAGAACUAUGUGCGAGCGGGCUGUGCUGGAGAGCCGGAGGCACAUGGGGAAGCAGUUCAGAGCGUUCCAGAGGGAGAACAAGGCUCUGCACAACAACUGGAAGGGAAGAUGCCAGUGGCAGAGGCAUCAACGCUUAUGAUAGCCGGGCCUGAGCCCCCAGGAGCCAAAACAGCUGUCGAGAUUGAAGAAAGCAAACUUUGAGAGAUGCUUCCCUUGCAUUUCCACUUCAAGAAGGUUUAUGGAGGUAGCGAGUGAAGUUAAAGACCGGCUUGACAAACUACUACAGUCCCUUUCCACUCCGGGGAACUCCUGCAGUCCUUCAGGGAUUUACUACUUUAUUAUCCUUGACAGCAGACGUGGGCUGACGGACUCACCCUUCAGAGGGCUGGGCACUCUCCUUCCACAGCUUCGGCCCUCGCUCUUGGAGCAGCACAACAGCCUGCACCUCAAGACAAGUCAGCCUUGGCAUUCACAGCAGCAUCUACAUUCAUAUUUUAGUCUGGAUUCAGACCUCAGUUUUUAGAUUAAGUUUGUUCUGUCACAUACAUUUGUCACACACAGCUCUUCACAUCAGAGCACAAUCGCUUUGAACAGAAUUUACCAGCCCUUCUCCAGUCACCCCAGUGCGCUCCAGGCAGCUGAGCGCCAUCCCAGAACAGACCUCCCAAGAUGCAGGGCGCUCAGCAAAAACUGUUGUUUUCUGAAGUGCCAGUUUUUUCUGGCAACACUACCUGCUAAGGCAGACACAGCCUCUGCUCCCAGGAGGAAAGGUCAGUUUGGUAGAACCGCAGACCCGUUUUGUCACCACACCACUGCCUUGCACCACCUGUGUUGGCUUUUUUAAUUGGUGUGUUCCACCCCCCCCAGAGUCAGAUGAGGACAGUUUUCAGUACAUUGGUAUCCACACAACACAAACCAGCAUUUCCUUCUGUGGAAAUGUGCAUUACCAGCAUCACAGCUUUUCUUUCUGACCUCCCCUUAUUCCCAGGGGCUGAUUCUCACUCCUGAUUCUACCUUUGACUCUGAGAGGCCCUCAGGCAAGUUCUCAGAUCUGGAUCCACAUCUCCCUAAGACCUGCCAGCCUUGAGCAGGCUCCCUGGGCAAUUACAAGGCAUAUGAUGAGCGUAAGAGCCUCAUCAUUUGUUCCAGCUCCCACAGAAACACUUGCAGAGUUCUCUUCUACAGCAGUUUGACAUUUUUAGAGCUUCACCAACACUUUUUCUCAUACAGCUAAAUUAGUUCCGUAUUAUGGCCUUAGAUGACAACAGUUACAAUCUCUAAACAGUUUGAAAAUAAUUUUGUUGCACAAAUAAAGAACCAGCCAGUUAUAUUGCCCAUAAGAUCCCCUCAUACACAAAGAUGAAUAUGGCUCAUAAGAAACCACAUGGAAUUAUCCAUUCAGGUAGCAGCAAGCAGUUCUCUGGAGCUGCUUUUCUAAGCUGCCCUCCCAUCUAAUGAGAACAGCGGGCUCAGCAGUGAGCUCUAGAAUCUGUUCCUUGCUGCUGGGAAAACCACACUCCCCAAAUAUCCACGUUCCUGAGGACCUUGUGGGGAGGAACACAUGCCACUGCUGUUUGCAGGAACACAGACACAUCUUACCUCGAAGCCUUUGUCCCUUCCCCUUUCUUCAGGAAGCACAUGCAUCUGUAACCAAGAGCAGUCCCCCCGCUUGGUGACAUAACAGAUCAGUCUCAUUCCACUGCCCCACGCGAGCAGAAAUUGCCCAGCCCUGCGACUUUGAACAGCAAGUGCUCCCUGGUGCAGACUUGCUGCUCUGUCUUCACUUACACAAAACCUAAAGCAGAAGACACUUGCAGGGCAGGUUCCCAGCAUGCUGGCCUUGUCUUGCAACAGAAAAAGGGUCAGUUCCUCUUCCCCAUCUUUACACUUCCACUUGCUAGGCCAGCAAAGCCUUAUUUUGUGAAUACAGAACUUACAUUGUUGUCCCCUGCCUCCACACGUACUCUCACCUGUUUUCUGACCUCAUGCACUGAACAGCUUUGACACAGCAAGUGCUCGCUCAUCCAGGAGGAAGGAACUAGAAACACAUGGUCCAGCUCUUUUCCUAGCACCUUCUAAGACAGACCUUGUUUAUGGCUCCUAAAAAAGCAGGAAAUAGCAAUAAUUCAGUACAGAGCAGCCACGUCCUGCCCUUCCUUGUGUCACGGCUGACACAAGGUUAGCCCAAGACCUGGAGUUCAGCCUGCCAAAGUACACUGGCACCAGUCACGGGGACCCUGGGAAACUGGGACUUCUGGUCACCAGAUCUCACAAGCAGAGGGGGAAGAAGUGACCCUCAUCGCCCCCCCAAAAAAGUCAACCCUCUCCAGCCACACACCUGCAAAUGCCAGAGGUAAUUAAAGGAGAAGAUACAGGGACUGCAACUGUUUCAUUACAAGUGCUUAUCCUAUAGAUAAAUUACUGUGGGUCAAAUUUGCCAAAUUGUUCAAGGAAACAACAAAAACCCAAACAACAACCCCCCCAACACUGCUGAAGAGAAAUGGGGGGUAUGGGGCCCCCAAACCUCCACCUGCAAUUGAGCAGAUCUGUGACUGCUGCAAGUCUGAGCACCUGCAGCCCAGAGAACCCCAUGCUGCCAAAACUCUCCAUGUAUUUAUUUGUCCAUUCAAGCCCCUUUUACUGCUACCUUAGAGAUCCCCAGAGGGUCAAGUGGCUUUAAACCCGGACAUAGAAGAAAAACCAGUUAGACUAUGGUCUGAUAAAGGAGCUUCUUCCAUCCUCUUGUUAUCAAAACCUUUGCCCUUAAUUUGAGACAGUACUAGAGGAGAUGACAUGUUCCUGUCUGGAGCAAUGUCUCUCUGCUGCCCCAGAGCUGUAAGUGCCACUCGGCAGAGUGACCCCAAAGUGCCCACUCACCCCUCAGCUUGUUCUUCGGGUUUCUGUCUUUUCUGGAAAAGUGAGCUCAGUCACAGCCAACCUGCAGCAUGCAGUGGUUGGGACACAAGAACAGUUACACCUGGAAACUGCAUCGACAAACACAGUAUGAAGUGCUGCUAUUAAAAAAUAAAUAAAGACAACCAAACAACCAAAACAGCUCGAGUAGGUAUGAGAGACAAGACCUUCCACGCCUGGUCUGACACCCAAGAAGAGACCGUACUUCCCCUGUGGUGUUCACAUCAUACUGGAAUUAUGUAUUGUACAUUUCUGACUUAUUUAUUUUCUAAAAAGAAAUAAAAUGUUGCAUUUCUUAAAAAA